AGGCUGCUCGCAGCAGGCAGCCGGUGAGAGUGAGGACACCGAGAUAACGAGCACAUCCUCGGCCGUUGGUCCGUUGAGUCGUCGAAGAGCUCCGGGAAGAUGUCUGUGAUGAGUCCUUACCGAAAAACCAGGAGCUAACGGCUGCUAUAAUCUCGACCGUUGGAUGACAAGUUUAAAAGUUUUGCUUCGGACGGUUGUUUCUGAGCUGAGGGGAUAAGCCGCCGAGAGGGACAGGUGUCCUCUCACGUCAACAGCCCUUCUCCCUUUUGCACCCCCCGCUGGACUGUAGUACGACCGGGGCUCGGAGUUGUCCUUUAUUUUAUUAGUUUUCUUCUGUUUUUGUACAAAAGUGGACUUUUGUGAGCCAUGUUGUGGACACGGUGGCUCGUCCUGCUGCUCUGCUGGGGGGCCACGAGCGGCGAGCAGCAGGCGGAUGAGAGGGAUGGAGCACAGGCAGAGGUCCGGGCGGAAUCCCGGAGACAGCGGUCCCCUCCACCGGUGGAGCCCUUGGAUUUUGGGUUUGUACCGGCGGCGGUUUAUGGUACCCACGCUUACUACGAGCCAGGGGCUGUAGGGAUCCUCUUCCACAUGGUCCAUGCUUUUCUCUACGUUGUUCAACCGAACUCCUUCCCCAAAGAUCUGAUUGUUAAAGUCAUUCAGCAAAACAUGGGGGGAAUCAAAAUAGAAGAAUGGAGAAAGCCAGAAAACAUCGUCCUGUUGCUACAGUGGAUCUACUACGAGGCUGGAUUCCUCAUAUGUGGGACCAUCGGUAUUGUGUUCGUGGUCCUCACCCCCAUCAUAGGCACAUGUUUCUGUGUGUGUCGAUGCUGUGAGAACUGUGGAGGGGAGAUGCACCAGAGGCAGAGGAAGAACGCUGACUGUCAGAGAGGUUUCUACACUGCCUCGCUCAUCGCCACCUCCAUCUUCAUCAUUUUGGGAGUACUUAUUGCCUAUGCUGCGAACCAUAAUAUCAGCACCCAGAUCAAGAGCACUCGCCGGUUCAUCAAUACCAACAUGAGAGACCUGAAGACAUUUGCUAACAACACACCUGCGCAAAUUGAAUAUCUGACAGCCCAGUACACCACAGCAAAGAACAAAGUCCUGUCUGACCUCGACAACAUUGGACCGCUGCUGGGUGGGAGGAUCCACAGUCAGCUGGAGAAAGAAGUGGUUCCAUCACUGGACACUGCCCUGCGCAUGGCAGGAGCAAAAGUUGAGAAUGCCAUCAAAGCCAUGCGGGAGACCAAAGAGGCCCUGGAGAACGUCAACUCCUCCUUGGAGGUACUUCAGGAGGGGACAGGGAAACUUCAGGCCAGUCUGUCAGGGGAGCGGGCCUCUCUGUCCAACACCCUCUCCGAUCCUGCCUGCACAAACGGAGCCGUGUCUCACACCUGCAACACCAUCCGAUCCACGCUGUCCCAGCUGGGAAUCAACGCAGACUUCUCAAGGCUCCCAGAUGUCAGUCCAGCCUUGGCCAAUGUCAAUACAGUCCUGAAAACAGAUCUCAGCAACAUUGUACAAAAGGGUUACUCGUCCUUUAAUGACACACCAAAACUGGUCAAAGAACAAACUAAAAACAUUGUGUCAGGAGUAAAAGGUAUGCUGGAUAAGAUUGGCACAGAAAUCAGCAGCUUCUCCAAGAUGUUCCCAGUGGAAUCCUCUCUGGCCAAUUUCACCAUUUUCCUCAAUCAAGGACAGAAGAACAUUGAGUCCUUUUACCCACAGGUUGACCAAAUGGAUUUCUACAGGUGGAUCGGCUGUGUGGCUGUGCUUUGCAUGGUCGUCUUGGUCCUGGCCUUCAACAUCCUCGGACUGCUAUGUGGUACUUGUGGCUACGACAAGCAAGCUACACCUACAACGCGAGGAUGCCUUUCAAACACCGGCGGCAACCUGCUAAUGGCCGGAGUGGGCUUCUCUUUUAUCUUUGCCUGGGUGCUGAUGGGCAUUGUAACCACCUUGUUUGUUGUUGGUGGCAACGUGGAGAAGCUGAUGUGUGAACCACUGGCUAACCGACAGCUGUUCAAGAUCAUAGAUACACCAUUCCUGGUUCAUCCCGCCAAGAAGAACUUCCUUCCUGGGAUGCUGUUUCAGAACCCGAACAUUGACUUGACUUUGGGAAGCAUGUACAGGGAUUGCUAUGAGAACAACGGUCUGUAUCACGCUCUGCAGCUGGAAACCAUGUUCAACAUCAACUCCUUCCUCAACAGAACUGUGUACAACAAAGAUCUGGCCAAGGUGUUUGAAAGUGUACAGGUCGAUCUGCAAGACAUUUCACUGUUGGAGCAGGACGGCAGAGACAGCCUCAUCAACUUCGCCAACUCUGGAGUUGGACAGAUUGACUAUGAGACAUACCUGGCUGAGGUAAAUAAGGGAGUCACCCUUGUGGAUCUCCUGUCUUUCUCUACUGACCUGGAGGCUCAGGCUGACCAACUGCCGCGUGGUGCUCUGGAGAACGCACUUAAAGGACACGCCAGCAGUAUCAGACAGAUUCACAGAGAUCAGGUGGUGCCCUUGGAACAAGCGAUGAAAUAUGUCAGAGCGCGGAGUACCCUGAGCCAGAGUAUCAAACAGCUGCAGAGGACGUCCAGCGAACUGCCGGUCAAGGUCACUAAUAUCCUGAGUGCCAUCGAUGCAGCAGAGUACCUCAUCACUCAUAAUGCCUCCCAUGUGGUGAAGCAGGAAACAAAGGGCUACAUACAGAGCUUGGUUGGAUACUUCAAACAGUACACAGACUGGGUUAAAAGCUCUUUGACAGCAGAGGUGGCGCAGUGUAAACCCAUCAGUAACAUUGUGGACAGCAUGGAGAUCGUAGCGUGCAGCUUCAUAGUUGAUUCAGUGAACACAUUCUGGUUCGGUCUGGGAGGCUGCUGCGUCUUUCUGAUCCCCAGUAUCAUCUUCUCCAUCAAACUGGCCAAGUAUUACAGAAGGAUGGACACAGAGGACGUCUUUGAAGACUCCUCUUACCCGUGGCUUGUUGCACUUUGAUGUGCGUCUUUUCGUCCUCUCUCAAAUGCCCACUCUUUUUUUCUUGCUCCCCCUAUUACGACACUCUGACUCGGUUCCCUCGGGCCUCUGCUCCUCCAAGCUACUCCGACUGGUGACCCACAGGAGCAUUCUCCCCGUUGAAGAGCGGACAAGAGAACUGGAACUGAGCUUUUCCUUAUGGACCACUGGACUUUCCAUCUUUCUUACUCAGAUCUUGUAACACUUCCAAGGACAAAAUGGAAGAAUGACAACAAUCAGGAACUGUGUGAGGGCGUCCCUCCCCCCCGUUACCCCUUCAAGCCAUUUGACAAAGACCUCU